CGCGGACACCGGAGCUCCCGGCCAGCAGCCUCGCCCCGUACAGCAUGUGUCUGGUUGUGCUGUGAGGAGCAGCCCGGAGCCCUGCCGAGGAAUGCCCGGCUCCCUGGUCACACUUGUUGCUGCCUAAGCAGGAGAUACGGUGUCCUGGGUCAUGAAGCUGAAUCCAACACAAGCUCCAUUGUAUGGUGACUGUGUCCUGACAGUGAGCCUCACCGAGCAGAGCGAGCUGGAAGACGAUGCUGUGUUCUACCUGCUGUUUGCCGGCUCCACUCUCAAACAUUUAGCAAGUGCUCGGAAAGUAGACUCUGCGACUCUAGAGACGGUCACCCCAGGUCAUGACUGCUGUGAGCAAGUAAAGGUCCUAUUGUUUGCUUCCAAGAAAGGCCUGUCUUUCAUAGUAGCCCAGGAGAACUUUGAGUUCAUCAAAGACGAAGCCUAUGAAUCUGCUCAGUUUUUGGCAUCCAGCGUUGGGAACCAGCAAGCUCUGCUAUUUGCAAAGUUCUUCUUAAAUAAAUCCAGAUCAUCUUCUAGGGAUGCAGCCAUACUGGAUAAGAAGAUCACAUUGGCUUUUCGACAUUUACGGUUACCCAGUGGAUGGAACAUUUUGGGAGAACCCCCAAGUAUAACAGAUGGUCUUGGGCAGGAGACAUUGAUGCACUUUGCUGCAAGGCUUGGCCUCUGUGCAUUGUCAAAGUUUCUUUUGGAACAGCCAGGAGGGAGGACAUCACUGGCCAUUUCCAACACUGAAGGAGCGACGCCUGUAACCCUCGCUUUGGAAAGAGGCUUCUUGAAGUUGCACCAUUUGUUAACAGAAGUGGACCCCCAGUGUAUUGGCCUUGAUACUGAACAGUCUCAUGUUGAGCACUCUGGAGAUUUUGGGGUGAAGCACCAUUAUGGACUAAAUGUUUACAUUCUGACCAAGAAAUCCCAAGUGGAAGCACAGGACAACAUGGAGGACAUCAAGGAGCUGAGUGACUAUAUCCAAAGUCAUUCUCCAUGUCCAGGUACAGAUGUAAGAACACCGCAGGGACCAGCAUUUGAAGAGGCAUCUGAUGUAUUUAAUCAGGACUUCAGGGCACCUUGUGCUAGUGACACUGUGAACUCACAAGCAAGUACUGGAGUGUUGCAGGAAGAGGGUGAAGGUGCCAAGCCCUGUGGUAAAUCUGACAAUGAGGUGGAAACCGUGGGUGGAGACGUUGCAAGUUUGAGUCAAGAUGUUGAACCCAAAGAGGAAGAGGAGGGGAGAGAACGUAUUGUAAAGGCAGAGAAUACAUCAGCUACAAACCGACACAUACCAUGCUGUUCCACUGAGGUAGAAGCUGCUGGAAAUCUUCUCUCUGAUGGAAACACAAAUGAGGAAACUGGAAUGACUUCAACUGGAAUUGUUUUGGACCUCAAAGCCCUGGGCAAAAGUGAUAAAGUAGAUGAGGAAAUGAUUGCUGAAACCGAGCAAGCCACGCCAAUUGCAUUUGUGGAAGCUGCACACAAAGUCGCUGAUGUUCCUGAAGACAUCAAUGUGAACAUGGGACAGUCCGUGUCUGGCUAUUGUACUAGUGCAUCACGCACCACCGACACAGUGUGUCACACCGGGAGUAAUGAACAGGAAGCAGAACUUCCGGGGCCUGUCUGUAAAGACGAUCAAUCUAGUAACCUUUCUGGUGACUGCCUAAGCCAAGGAGAGCCAGGUACAUGUUUAGCUUCUGAAGCAAGGCACUCGCAUAUUGCACAAGGGUUAAAUGUUGUAGAUCGCAACAAGACCCGUGACUCUAAAAAACACAGUUCACAAUCACAAAAUAGAACUUUGGAGCACUUUGCUGAUUGUUUAGUCCUGUCUGUUGUAGAUGGAGUCCUAGCCAUGCGAUCAGAUCAUCUAAAGGAUGGUGAAUUAGAACUGAAAAAUGAAAAAGACCUUGAAACCAUUGCUGAUAAUCUGGCGGCAUCAAUAAUAAGCACAAGCUUUGUGGAGUUGGAAGGUACCUCUAGUGAGAAAGCAACUGAGGCUUCAGAAGUUAUGGACAAUAAACCUCAAGAGGAAGUCUCCUCCGAACCUGUGGUAAAAGACUUCACAUCACGUGACUGUGACCAAACACAUGAGGAUGCAGAGGUUCCUCUUGCUGGUAUGGCUGCAGAAAAUACAACUCCUGAAAUACUAAUGAAGUCUAGUUCUCAACCUCCACCAUCUCAAGAUCUUCCUUUGUCUAAUGAGAGUGAAAAGGAGAGUGCAGAAAAUAAAGCAAUUGCUGUGGGAGAAUUCAGUGUUGAGGACCAGGCUGUCAUGUCUGAGUCCAGCUCAGGUCUACACGUUAGAGGACUGACUAAUGCAGAGCCGUAUGAGCAGCAGCAGAAUAAGAGUGAAAACCUAGAAGCACUGCCACCUGCUGGACCAACCUCCUCACUGCAGACAGAUGAUGAGGCAUUGCCUUGUACUAAAUGCGAGUUACACACAGACUCUGACACUCCCUCCCUGUUUAAUAAUUAUGAAUGCUUGAAAAACCAGGAAGUAUUAGGAGUGGAAUCAGUUCUCACUGAAAUGCAGAAAGCUGCCGUGACCGCCACCAGUGAGCGGAGCCCUGAUGACGGACAGCUCACCUGUGCAAGUGACAAGACAGAUGGCAAACAGGACACUGAACGUGUAGAGGAAGGCACUGAUGAUUUAGCUGAUCCUGUGGAUUACAAGCCACCUUCAGAGAAUGGAAACGCAAGUGAAAAGGAAGAGCCCAAAGAUGCUGUGAAGGAGUUCGAUGUAGGGUAUGAUAGAAGUGAGGAUGACUCUGAGCUGGUGAACGUCCCAAGAGUAUCACUUCAGCCUAUAGCAGAGGAGACUUUACUUAAUGGUGAAUCCACUUCAGACACAGCCUCUAGUAAUGAUGCCUCAUCAUCUGACGUCAGCGAUUCAGAAAAGUCUGUAGGUCCAGACGAAGAGCAAACUGUGGACCCGUUCUCCCAGGCGGUGGAUUGCUUAUCUGAUGAUGAAGAAGCUGUUGCUCUUGAGACUUCAUUUAUAAGUUCUAAUGGAGUUACGUGCAUGGCGGAGGUCAGAGAAGUCUCGGGCAAUGAAAUUGCUCAGUCUUCUAAUGUCCAACCAGUCCAGGGUAAAGAGUAUUAUGUGGAGGCUCCUCACAUCCUAAAAGAAGACGACUCUGGUUUGGAUUUAUCCGUGAACUUGGAGGAUACUCUGUGCCCUAGCAUGUCGGACACGGAAAUUGUCUCUGGAGAAUAUCUCGAUCCUAAAGUAGAUGAUGAAGUGGAUUUUGCCAAACUACAUCUAAGCCCCAGAACAAAAGUGAUUAAAAACUGCUGCUCCCUAACCCCAUGUCCACAUCCAGUCCUUCUUGAACCAAAGCAGACAAAUGACACCAAAGAAUGCAGCCAGUUUGUGGAGGACACGCUCAAGGCAGAACAUUCAUCUCCGGACACACUGAAAAGAGAUCCUGCAAGUGACUUGAACUACAUGUCCCCUGAGGUACUGGACGAAAUGAUCUUUACAAAGCUUGAAGAUGAACAGUCUAUGAUCAACGCCGCCAGCUCUGGUUCAGAGGACACUUCAUCCCUAGAAAAGAACUCUUCCCAUGAAAGUGAUAUUUCCCUUUCCCGUGCCUUAUCGGAGCGAAAGCACAGAGACUUGGAUGGUAGUGUCGUGGCUGGAAAUAGGAUGCACUCUAAGAAGACAGGAAUGUCAGAGGUUGAAGAAGAGAAGGUGGACAAUGUUACAGAAGAGUCUCCACACACCGUUAAACCCAAGAGCACAAUUCGCUCUCUAUCUCCUUCCAGAAGACAUAGCUGGGGGCCUGGGAAGCACAAAGGCAAUAACUCUGAUAUUAGUCACAGGAGUUACAGUUUGGAGGGCCUCGCUGGCUUUGAAAAUACCCCAGCGACCACUCAGGAGCCCUCUUCUGGCCCUAACAGGCUGUCGGCAUCACUCUUCCUGGGAGAGGAUCGUGGGUCAUUAACUUCUUUGACAGAAGAGGAGCAAGUUGAUCAGGGGACUGACAGAGCUGCCCAUCAUGGGUGUCAAGAGGAGCACUCUUUAGGCUUUACGAGGAGCAGUCAUUCUGGCUCAGAGGACACGUCUUCUCUAGAAAUGAACUCUUCCCAUGGAAGUGAUGUUUCUAUUUCUCGUCCUAUAAAUGAGAGAAAGGACAGUAACACAUUAAAUUUGGGGGAGAGAGAAAAUGAGAAGACUGGAGUAUCAGAAAAUGAAGGAGAGGAGUUGGACAGGAUUACAGAAGUGUCUCCACAUGCCAGUCGCUCCAGGAGCGCCAUCCGCUCUCUGUCUCCAUUUAGAAGACAUAGCUGGGAACCCGGAAAGCAUAAAAGCAAUAAUGCUGAAAUCAACCGCAGAAGUUCAUUGCGAAUUCUGGGGGAUGUUAUAAAGAAGCCAGCUACUCAUAGAAGAAGUAUGAGCUGGUGUCCCUCAGAUGCACAAUGCACCUCUGUAGGUGGUGACUUUAAUUAUAGAAGUUACAGCCUGGAAGGCCUUGCUGAAAAUAACCCACCGACCACUCAAGAGUCCUCUUUUGUCACGAGAAAGCUGGCUGGAGCACUGUGCAAAGGAGAGGAUCGUGGCUCCUUGACUUCCUUAACAGAAGAAGAACAAGAGUCAGAUCAGAGGACUGGCAGAUCAUCCCAUCAUGCUGCCUGUGAAAGAUCUGAAGUUCAUGAUUUGGUUUACUCUGGUUCACUUGGGGCUCCUCGUCUGUCAAAGUCAAUGUCACUAACCGCAAUUGCCAAUCCACUUUUGGAGGUCCAGGGUCGGAUACAACCAAAGAGGCGAAUAUCCUUCUCCUUCAGCAUCUCUCCACUUAUUCCUAAGUCUAAACAUAUCUUUUCUAUUGGCACCUCGUCCAGUGAGGACGAGUCAGAUAGCUCACGGACAUUAAAUAUUGGCAGCAAUUCUUUGGCACACAGUAUAUCUGAGGAAUGCAGCAACCAAUUGCCACCAAGUCCCUCCCAAAAGGACUUAGAGGGCAAAGGUGUUACUAAAGUAAGCCGGACAUUUAGCUACAUCAGGAAUAAAAUGUCCAGCGGCAAGAAAACAAAGGAAAAGGACAAGGAUAAGACAAAAGACAAGGAAAAGGAGCCUAAUGAAAAAAGCAAAGAGAAGCACAAAAGCAAUGGGCAUACAUUUGUCACUGCAACGAUGACUGAUACCCUAACAUGCAAAAGCUGCGACAAGCCUUUCACCAAAAAACCUGGUUGUGUGUGUCAAGAAUGUGGCUUGGCUGUGCAUAGAAGCUGCAGAGACGUCGUAGAUUCCUGUGCAAAGAUCAAGGAAGAAAAGAUUUUACAAGCCCAGCAGGGGGCUGUCACUCAAACCGUGGUCAUGAGAAAUAAAGGUUCCCAACCAAAGGAGCGGCCUCGCUCAGCAAUCGUGGCAGUAGAUGAAAAGUCUUUGAUGACGCUUGGCUUCAACGCCAGAAGACCGCAGACUGCUCUGUCCAUCUCCAAAAGUAUCUCUACACAAAAUAUCUCAGGGCUUGGGCGCGAUGACAAUCUUCUGGGCAGCUUGAGGGCUUUGUCACAAUCAACAGACUCUUUGCACAAAGUCAGUAAGGGCAAUGAGUCCAUGGAGUCGCUGAGUGAUGAAGGCACUGAUCUGUAUGAGGGGCAGCUCAUGGGAGAGUUUGAGAUGGACUCGAGGCAGCUGGAGAAGGCCUCUUGGAGUGAAGCAGUGGACAGCGGGUUUCUUAUGCAACAAAUGAAAGAUGUUGUGAAACGUCAGGAUGUUAUUUAUGAGCUUAUGCAGACUGAAAUGCACCACAUCCUCAGACUGAAGAUCAUGAGUGACAUCUACUGUCAGGGAAUGUCGUCUGAACUGCAGUAUGAGCAGCAAGUCAUAGAGAAGAUCUUCCCAUGCAUGGAAGAUCUGCUGAAUCUCCACACUCAGUUCUUCCAGCGAAUGUUGGAAAGAAAAAGGGAAUCUAUGGCUGAAAAAAGUGAGAAGAAUUUUGUCAUCAGAAGGAUUGGUGAUAUUUGCACACACCAGUUUUCCGGAGAAAAUGCAGAGCGUAUGAUGAAAACAUACGGUAAAUUUUGUGGCCACCACAAGGAAGCGUUGGACUACUUCAAGGACCUGCUGUCUAAAGAUAAAAGGUUUCAGGCCUUUGUAAAGAAAAAAAGUAGUAGCCCCUUAGUCAGGCGUAUGGGGAUUCCAGAGUGCCUGUUACUGGUUACACAGAGAAUUACCAAGUAUCCGAUCAUUUUGGAGCGAAUUCUGCAUUAUACAGAAGAAAAUGAGGUGGAACACCAGUCUGUAACAUAUGCCCUAAGCCUGGUAAAGGAUGUUAUAAAUGGAGUGAACAACAAAGUAAAAAAUUACGAGAUGAAGAAGCGCCUCCACGAGAUCUAUAGUAAAACAGACAGCAAGUCUAUACAACGGAUGAAGAGUGGACAAAUGUUUGCCAAGGAGGAUCUAAAGAGAAGAAAAUUUGUUCGUGAUGGCCCCGUGUUCUUGAGAUCCAACCAAACCAGUAGAUCGAAAGAGGCCCUGGCUGUUCUGCUGUCUGAUGUUUUAGUCUUCCUCCAAGAAAAGGACCAGAAAUACGUCUUUGCAUCACUGGAGCACAAAUCAACAGUGAUAUCUUUGAAGAAUCUCAUUGUGCGGGAGGUAGCUCACGAUGAAAAGGGCCUGUUCCUGAUCAGCAUGGUUGGAAAAGACCCUGAAUUAGUAGAAGUACUUGCCAGUACCAAGGAAGAGAGGAACAGCUGGAUUGAAACAAUCAAGGAAACAACGAGGACAAUGGAGAAAGAUGAGGAUGAAGGUGUUCAGAGUGAAUCUGAGGAAGAAAAAAGAAACUGGGACACCAAAGCCAAAGAACUAAAAGAGCAACUUCAGCAAAAAGAUGAUCAGAUUAUUGGUUUACUUGAAGAAAAAGAGAAGAUAUUCCAAACCUUGGUGGACAGUAGUACUCAUGAAAAGAAUUUGUGUACGUCUGGAAGAAUUCUUUUCAGAGCGAACACAGAAGAGGCUCCACGAGGAGAGAGUUUAAUAAAAAGUGCAAUAAAAGAAGUUGAGACACUUCAGGUCCUGUUAAACCAGAAUCUGUGGAGCAGUAUAGUUCAGCAGGUUCCCAGUCCGACAGACCUGGAGGCUGGAGUCGGGUCAAUUUCUCUACCUCGAAGAGCAGAAACCUUUGGAGGGUUUGACAGCCAUCAACUUAAUGCCUCUAAAAGUGGAGAGAAAGAAGAGGGAGAAGAUGGACAGGAUUUAAGGCGGACAGAAUCGGACAGUGUUCUGAAAAAGGGAGUGAGUCCCAGCGUUAUGCUUAAGAGAAAUGGAGAGCACGUUCUCCAGACAGUCUCCAAUCUUCACAAACUGCUGAGUAACUUGCAGGCUGUGGUGCUGCAGCAAGACACCUUUAUUGAACAUCAGAAGCUGAGGCUAAAUGAGAAACCCCUCACACGAACCUACUCCAAACCAAAGUCCUUGACUGAACAGGAAAAGGUGGAGCAACUGCUACAGGACAUUGUUAAUCUGGAAAAGCAGCAAACCGACCAGCAGGUUCCACUUCAACCAGAGAAACUGUCCAAGGCCCCCUCACUGCCUGACGGCACAGAUUCUUUAAAAAGAUAUAACUCUAGUGUUCCAAAACAGGAGCACCUGGACUGUAAACCCUCUGCUGUACCCAAAAAGGACACUUUGUCACGGACAGAGAGUAAGCAAAAGGGGAAAGGCUUCAGUUUGCUUGGGAGCCAAACUAACAAACCAGUGGAGGGCCCCGCCACCAAUCGCCUUUUCAACCUAUCAAAAACAAAGGACAAAAAGGAAAAAAAGAAGAAAUCUAAAGGAAACCACUGUCCAAACUCUGAGUCGGUUCAUGUUGAGGGAGUGUCUCAGGAGGAAGAAAUCUUCUGCUGAUGUUCCCACGGAGGACAGGCCUACAUGCCGAAUACUGUACAUACUCAUUCCACACUGGGAUAUUGGCUACCAUUUCAGAAAGACUGGCUAUGAGUGGAGAACCCCCUGCUCCUUUUACUAUACAGAGAAAUACUGCCUAUUGACUGCUCCUGAAAAAUCUCCGUACCACUCAUUCAAAAAGCUGCCAUUUUUCUGGAGCCUUUGCUAUAUAGAAUUGUGGGAGCUCAGCCAGGAAAGGUCACCAGAAAGUAUGCUUUCUGACCACGUAGAACUGCUUAAGGUACAGUGAUGUGCCAGAGGCCUUCAUUACACGUUCUUCAAUGUUAUAUACCUAUGGAAUAUAAUCCAAACCCUUUACAACACCACUCAGACGGUAUCAACCUGUAGUUUUCUAUACGGCGCCCACCUAUUAAGCUCUGAAUACUCGCUGCUACUUUCCUACCCGUAGUUUUCUCUCGCUCAUUCUGGAUGGGAUUGUGUAUUUGGUGAGAAAAAGAACGGUUAGUUGUUAUCUUGAAGUCUGAAUUAGGAAUAGGUUCCACCCCAAAUCAAAUGAUUUGCUAAAUUCUCGGCUUGGCAGUACUCUGCACAGAGGAGGAAUCGGCAUUAGCAUACUCGUGCAAAUCGCAGUUUAAUGUUGUGGUUUUAGCCAGUAGAGGACACUGUAGCCUACACUAACUGGAGCUAGCACGUUCUAUGCCAAGUAUUCCUCGUGACCACACAUUUUGUUACAUGAACUCGCUGUUUCAUCUCUUAACAAAAAAAUAACCAAAUUUCUAUUAUUCUGUGGAAAGCGUCCUCUUCAGUGUAUAAUCUGAUUAAAUUGUGUCCAGUUAUCGAUGUCCCGCUGCCUGCACAAAUGCCGUCAGUCACACCGCUGACACCACUGCUCUUCUUGAUAUGGAUUAUUAGCUCGAUGGGUAAUAUCCUGGAGCUCAGUACGUAGCGCAGCAGUAAGCAAUGUGAAUGCUAGCCAUUGCAACCAGUGAUUCAACAGGAAACUAUGGCUGCCAUUCAUCAUUGCUGCGGUAUACAGCAGCUUCCUUGAAGCUCCAGUCCUGCACCUAAAUUCCCCAAAUACAGAAAUCCCUUCCCCAUUUCACUUCGAUAUCUCCUUUAUUGCAUCUUGCAUGGUCUAAUGAAUUCCAGAAUAACGUGGGAACAUGUUUCAGGUUUUGUUUUUUAUAUUCUAGUAAAAAAUUAGACCCUUUUUUUCGUAUUUUUAUUAUUUAUUUAUUUUUUCUUUUCAAAUUUUCAAAACAGAUGUAGACAUGGCCGCUGCCUUCUGCAGUGUCUCUAUAGUGAAUUGGGGGAAGUUUUUCCGUGAAUGAUCAAUGUGCUGGUAGUGUGGAUGUUAAAAAAUAAAAUAAAAAUGAAGGUGAUGAAUAAGAAACCAUUUUAACCCUCAAUCUUUAUGGCUUUUUUUAAAAAAUAGUAGAGAACUAAAUUAAAGAAAUGUAUUAGCAAUAAGUAUACAUUAUAUGUAGGUGCUUGGGGUAUAGGUGACCUAAACCGCGCUGUUCACGAGAUAUCAGAGAUGCCUGGGUGGUGGCUUUGUGGGAGAGUAGACAUUUACCAUGGUGACCUCUGCCAGGAUGGUACCACUAUGCACUUUACACAAGCUGAAAUUCUAGAAGACAAUCACUGAUGCCCAGCAGCUUGUUAAUGGUAAAGGGAGUUGUAGUCCUGCGUACUGUAUUUCCUGAUGCAGGACGUGCACACGCUGUGACCGAGUCACUAAGGCGAGGGCUGUUUUUUUUUUUUUUGUUUUUUUUUCAUGUGACUGUGAUAGGAAAAGAGCAAAAAUACCAAAGGCCAAAUUUUUUUUUCCCAUGAGAGAGCUAGAAAUGACACAUGGUUAAAGGUGGCCAUUCACACAACUGUAUUUUUGGUCCGCAUUUAUUGCAGAUCAGAUGCAGACCCAUUCGUUUCAAGGGGGGCCGCAAAAGAUGCAGACAGCACAGCAUACCAUGUGCUGUCCGUAUAUCUGUUCUGCAGUCCCACCAAAAAAUAAAAAUAAAUAGAACAGCCCUGUUCUUGUAUUUUGCAGAUAAGAACAAGCAUUGUUACAAUGAGUCUGCGGAUGCCAUCCAUCACACGGACGUCAUCUGUAUUCUUAUGGAUCCACAUUUUGCAGACCACAAAAUACAUUGGUUGUGUGAAUAGAGCCCUAGACAAAUGUUGGGUUGAUUUUGCCGCUCCCCGAAGCAACAGCCGACCACUUAAUAUUUAUGGAGGUGACCCGACUCUUCCCUGACAGCAGAUGUCGGGGGGAGAGGAGGGUAGGGCAUGUUGGAUUUCACCUUCCAAAAUCCUUUUGAUCUUUUUCACCUCUCCCUAUUGAGAACCCAUGCAAAGUCCUACUAUUUCUGAAAAGAAUUUGCAUACAACUUGCAAUUUAUUUCAAAUUUGCAUGGAAAAUCACAUUAGCUGUACAACU